AUGAUUAGUGAAGAUAAUAACUGUUACGGUGUUGCAUUUAGAUCAAUUGCAACAGUUGACCAAACUUUGUUUCAAAAAACCAUUAAAUUUUACCAUUCCUUGGGUUUCCAAACCAUUAAACAUUACGACACAUUCAAGAAUGGUCAAAACUCCUUAUUAUCUAAUGGUACAAGUGUUGAUUCUUUGAAUGAAGUUUGGUUAGAAGCUUUCAAGUUAUCUGAAAUUGAUAACACUGGUUUCAGAGUCCCACAACAAGAAGCUACCAACAAGAACCAAUCCCAAGGUGCCUUGAUUAAAAUUAGAUAUGUUUCUACUGACAUGCUUCCAAGCAAUUUAUCUGAACAAACUUUUUCUACUACCUAUUUCUCUGUCGAAUUAGAUUCAAUUGUCAAGAAGUUUGGUGAUGCUGCAAAGAAAGUUAACGAUUCAUUAGUUAUCUUAAAGGACCCAAUGAAUAACAUCUUAUCUUUCACAAAUUUCAUCAACCCAUUAGACAAUGUUCCAACUGAUGGUAAAUUCUUUAUGGAGGCUACUUCUGCUGAAAAUUCCGAUAAUGAACCCGCUGAAGAUAAAGCUUCUAUUGCUGCUACCAACUUAUUAAGACAAACUUUAAGUGGUCAAAGAAAAAAGAAAAUUGCUGUUAUGACAUCUGGUGGUGAUUCUCCAGGUAUGAACGCUGCUGUUCGUGCUAUUGUUAGAACUGGUAUCCAUUACGGUUGUGAUGUCUACGCCGUUUAUGAAGGUUACGAAGGUUUAUUAAGAGGUGGUCAAUAUUUGAAGAAGAUGGCUUGGGAAGAUGUUAGAGGUUGGUUAAGUGAAGGUGGUACUUUGAUUGGUACUGCUCGUUCCAUGGAUUUCAGACAAAGAUGGGGUAGAAAGCAAGCCGCUGGUAACUUAAUCUCUGAAGGUAUCGAUGCCUUGAUUGUUUGUGGUGGUGAUGGUUCUUUAACCGGUGCCGAUUUAUUUAGAUCUGAAUGGCCAUCUUUAGUCUCUGAAUUAGUUAGUGACGGUACUCUAACUGAAAAACAAGUUGAACCUUACAAGAAUUUAACCAUUGUUGGUUUAGUCGGUUCUAUUGAUAACGAUAUGUCUGGUACUGAUUCUACCAUUGGUGCUUACUCUUCAUUGGAAAGAAUUUGUGAAAUGGUUGACUACAUUGAUGCUACUGCCAAAUCUCAUUCCAGAGCUUUCGUUGUUGAAGUUAUGGGUAGACAUUGUGGUUGGUUAGCUUUAAUGGCCGGUAUUGCUACAGGUGCUGAUUACAUCUUCAUUCCAGAAAGAGCUGUUUCUCAUCAAAACUGGCAAUUAGAAUUACAAGAAGUUUGUAAGAGACAUAAGUCUAAAGGUAGAAGAAAUAUUACUGUUAUUGUUGCCGAAGGUGCUUUGGAUGAUGAAUUAAACCCAAUCACCGCCGAUAUGGUUAAAGAUGCUUUGGUUGAAUUAGGUUUGGAUACUAGAUGCACGAUUUUAGGUCAUGUCCAAAGAGGUGGUACCGCUGUUGCUCAUGACAGAUGGUUAGCCACUUUACAAGGUGUUGAUGCUGUUAAGGCUGUCUUGGAAAAUACUCCAGAAACUCCAUCUCCAUUGAUUGGUAUUUUGGAAAAUAAGAUCAUCAGAAUGCCUUUGGUUGAAUCUGUCAAAUUGACUGGUGCUGUUGCUGAAGCUAUCGAAAACAAAGAUUUCGACAAGGCUAUUUCUUUAAGAGAUACUGAAUUCAUUGAAUUAUAUGAAAACUUCUUAUCUACCACUAUUAAGGAUGAUGGUACUGAAUUAUUACCAGUUACUGAAAGAUUAAACGUUGGUAUUGUUCAUGUCGGUGCUCCAUCUGCUGCCUUAAACGCUGCUACUCGUUCUGCUGCCUUAUACUGUUUAUCUCACGGUCACAAACCAUAUGCUAUCUUAAACGGGUUUGCAGGUUUGAUCCAAACAGGUAAAGUUAAAGAAUUAAAUUGGUUAGAUGUCGAAAACUGGCAUAACAUGGGUGGUUCCGAAAUUGGUACCAACAGAUGUGUUGCUGCUGAAGAUUUAGGUACUAUUGCUUACUACUUCCAAAAGAACAAAUUAGACGGUUUAAUUAUCUUAGGUGGUUUUGAAGGUUUCAAAUCUUUGAAACAAUUACGUGAUGGUAGAGCUGAAUACCCAAUCUUUAACAUCCCAAUGGCUUUAAUUCCAUCUACAAUUUCAAACAACGUCCCAGGUACUGAAUAUUCCUUGGGUGUUGAUACUUGUUUGAAUGCUUUAGUCAAAUACACUGAUGAUAUUAAGCAAUCUGCUUCUGCUACUAGAAGAAGAGUUUUCGUUAUUGAAGUCCACGGUGGUCACUCUGGUUACAUUGCCACUUAUAUUGGUUUAGUAUCUGGUGCUGUCUCUGUUUACACUCCAGAAACUCAAAUCAACUUGGCUUCUAUUAGAGAAGAUUUAGACUUAUUGACUGAAAACUUCAGCCAUGACCAAGGUGAAAACCGUAACGGUAAGAUCUUGAUCAGAAAUGAAGAAGCUUCUUCAGUUUACUCUACUGAUUUGAUUGGUGAUAUUAUUGCUGAACAAUCUAAGGGCAAAUUCGGUGUUAGAACUGCUAUCCCAGGUCAUGUUCAACAAGGGGGUUCUCCAUCUUCUAAGGAUCGUGUUGUUGCUUCCAGAUAUGCCGUCAAGUGUGUCAAAUUCUUGGAAGAAUGGAACAAGAGAAACCAAUUACGUGGUGAAAACGUUGACUCUAAGGUUUUGAGAUUUACUUUUAACUCACAAGGCGAAAAGGUUCCAACUGUCAUUCACGAAGACGAAUCAGCUGCCGUUAUCUGUGUCAACGGCUCUAAAGUCACUUUCAAACCAAUUACUGACUUAUGGGAUAAAGAAACUAAUGUUGAACUAAGAAAGGGUGAAAAGGUUCACUGGACUGAAUACACUCAAAUCUCUGAAAUGUUAUCCGGUAGAUCCAGAUUAAGAGCAGAAAUUGCUGCUGAAUCCCAAUAG